CCACAAUGUUUUGUUUUCAUCUAAGGCUCAGGAGGAAGUGAAUUCAACAUUUCAAGUCAUACAGGCCUGUAUAUAUAUAAUUAUAUAUAUGUACAUACAUAUAUAUAAAUUAGCGGAUUUUAACUUCUAUGAUCAUAUGAUCUCGUUUACUGGUUUCGGAGCAGACGGUGUAGCUAACGUAACUGAAAUAGGAUAUUAAACGUAGCACGAACCAGAAGUGAAAGCACGGAUGUUGAUGAAAAAGAGAGGCCAUACGUGUUUGAUCGCUUCCACUAUGGUGUCAUUAGUCUUGCUCAUGAUGGUGCUGUACGGCACCAUUAGUACACAGCAGCCAGGCAGCUCAAGCCUCAGGCAUGACUACCAGCUGCUGGGCAGACCCUUGUACAAACUGGACCUGAGCUGGCCUAAGAACCCAGAGCUCUUCACCGGGGAUGUGUUUGGAGUGGCUGUCGACCAGUAUGCUGGUGUUGUGUAUGUGGCACAGAGAGGUGACAAUGUGCCCAAGGUGUUGGUGUUCAGCACAGAUGGAGAUUUCCUCAUGUCCUGGAAUACAACCACCCUGGAGAUGCCUCAUGGGAUAUUUUUAGCAGAUGCAGCCUCAUCGAACCCUACUGUGUGGAUCACAGAUGUGGGGAAUGGUCCUUACGGCCACUGUAUCAAACAGUACUCACCAUCUGGGAAGCUCCUUCAGGUGCUUGGUACACCAGGGAAGGCAGGCUCUGGGUCAAAUCCUCUGCAGUUUGACCAGCCUUCUGAGAUCUUCGUCCACAGCUCUGGGGAAAUGUAUAUUGUGGAUGGUGAUGGUGGAAUGAACAACCGCCUCAUCAAGCUAUCUAAAGAGCAGGAGGUGUUAUGGAUGCAUGGUGAGAAAGGACAAGGCCUUGCUCAGUUUUACAUCCCCCACAGCGUGACUGUGGACACCGCCCAGAGGGUGUGGGUGGCCGACAGGGGCAAUAAAAGAAUCCAGGUUUUUAACUCCAUCACUGGGGACUGGCUGGGGACAUGGGGGAGCUGCUUCACUGAGGACGCACCCUAUUCUGUCCGCAUGACCCCAGACAAGAAGUACUUUGUUGUUGUCCAGCUCAACACCAAUCAGAUUUCACUGCUGGAUGCACCACCAGUGGGUUUAAUUGGCCAGUGCAGAGUGGUUAGUGUGAUCCAGCUGGCUGACGAAGUGAAGCCCCACCUAGUAGACCUGGACCUAAAGACUGGGGCUCUGUAUGUGGCUGAGAUUGGAGCCCAGCAGGCUCAAAAAUUCACCCCCUUCAGUCUGGGAGGGAAUUUCCUGUAGGGCUACACUGGGCUUUAGCUGAAUUGAAAUGGCAUGGUUAAUCAGAAAACUGUGCCAAUCAUAAUCAUUAGUUUCAUCAGUUGUCUGAAAAUGGACUGAAGAGAUCACACAUAUUAUUAUGUAACCAUGUCAAUCACAAAUCAACUCUUUGUCAUUGUGGUAAACCCUAUUAAGAUAUCUAAGGUUAAGAUGUGUAAUGUAUCCUCUAAGAAUUUCCAUUUUUAUACUACUAGCUUACAACAGCAAAUAUGUUUUGUAGGAAACAGAAUUCCAUCUGGAUAACUUAUUUUCAAAUCAUCAACACGAUAAUGAAAAGUUUGUUUGUAAAAUGUUCUUACUGAGCACAUCUUCAAAGCAUCAACAAUAACUGACAUAUUUCUUUAGUUAUCUUACAACAUCUGCUUGUAGCAAAGAUAGCAUGAUUAUUGUUUUUAUGGUUAUGUUUAGGCAACACACAGCACUUAAAGCUUAGGGAAAGCUAGUGGUCUUGCUUUAAUACUAAAAAAAAGUCAAGAGUGACUUAAAUCAUCAUAAAGGACUUUCACUUUAAGUAAUGAACCAAAACCUCCAUCUUUCCACACUGUUGUCAAAGCUAAUUCUAACCUCACGUGGGACACCACAAACCCUACUCUCAGGUGUCCUGCAUCAGAAAAACGUCACACACCUCACAGACCAGAAAUAAUGAAGUCAUUUUACACUGUGGAGCCAUCUUAGGAGAAAAUAACAAAAGUAUCAUAAAAAUAAAUGUAUCAGACCAAACUCUGAAUCAACAUACACUCAGAAAAACAUAGACAUGAGAACAUCCCUACUUUUAAUUUAGCCAUUUGAAAUUUCAGUGAAAAAUACAUGUUAUUUCAGACAGGGGCUCCGCUGCCUGGUCCCAGUCUGUUGUGUCCUCUGACUAAGCAUGUGCUGGUUUAUAGUUAAUAACAUUAAGUAUUCAGUACUACAAUGGAAUUCAACAUAAAGUACAUCAGUGAAAAUUUCACUGUAUGAGUUAAAUUAAAAUUACAGUCAUUAGUCUGUAAUUAGAAGAGUAGAAAGAGUAGAAAAUACUCUACUUUAUACUCUACUCUACUUUUAACAAAAUAAAAUGCAGGUAAUGAAAACCAGGUGUCUUCACAAUAGAUAAGGUUAUCAUAUAGUUUGUUGUUCUUAAAAAAAAACGGUAGUUAUUAAUAAUUGCUGUUUGAAAAAUGAACCUAUGGGUGAUGAGCUUUUCAUCAUUUUCUGGUUUUGGGAAGUUAUUUGCCAUUUUUGUUACUUUUCUUGACUUUGUACUGAUUGAAAGGAUCAGAGCCCCUGAAGCAGAGGUUGUCUCCUUUCUUCACUGCAGACACUUUAAACCUAAUUCAUUUAUUCACUCUGAGAAAUGUUUUUGCUGUUUUUUUGUCUGUGUAUAGUUCCCUGUCAGUAAUCUUGGUGUAUCAUGACUGUCCUACUGUAUAUUUCAUGUCUCACAUGUCUCACCUGUUUUCUGAGGUGAUUAUUACUGUGAGAAAUGUGUUGUGACAGUUGAACAGAAAACGGUAGGAUUAUUGCCCUCAGUGCAGUGGGAACUAACUUUGCUAUGUGCAACUCAUUGACUUCUGCAUUCAGACUGAGGUUUGUGGCUAAUUUUAGAGUGUAAAUCUAAAAUGGGUUCAUAUCAGCAGAGUUAACGGCUCCAGUAAGUUUUAAAACAUUUCAUUGCUUAAAGGGACACUCAAUUUUACACAUCAGGAAAAAAGCACUCUGGGUCACUAACAAGAAUGUAUGCACUUUGAAAAGGUGAGGGUGUUGGUCAGGCAUGGCCAGUCUAAUGAACAGAUGCUGUUAUAUUGUAGGAAUGAUAGGAUCCAGUGUUUUUUGAGUUUGAUCCUUAUUGGAGACUAAAAGUCAGGAUAUCUUGACCUGUGCUGCUUCAGACAUGUCCUUUCUGUUUAAUUUGGUCCCUCAGUUUGAUGGAAGUGCAAUACUAAAUCACUGGAGCACUCCUCUAAUGAUGUGAUUAAUGUUUUUGUUGAGGCCUCUCUCUAGGACACAUUUUGUGGUUUUUGUUCUCUUUUUUGUUACUUUCAUAUAUGUUAUAUGUUAAAUCAGUCGAUCAAGGCAUUGGGUUGUUUCUGCUAAACUGUAAACUGUCCUGAGAUGAGAAAUUCCCAUGAUGUAUUUUUAUGACCUGAUAGUGUUCUAUGUUAUGCUGAAGGUGUUAUAUGUAAAAAAGACUGUUUGAUUUAAAUCACAUCUUUUUCCAUGGGUACACUGAAAUGUGAAUGCAUGCCUGUCUUUUCAUUCAGUGCUUUUGUUUGUAAAUUUAUACAGUGUGGCAAAAUGCUUUUUAAGCCCUCUUUCAAUAAACAUGUUGAGUUGGCCUGUAACAUAUCAA